AUGACACGAAAGAACGCCUCCCUCUCCAGACGCCGCUCCAAACCGAGCCUCAAAGUUGCUACUGGCCAGAACGGCCAUGCGAACGGCGCUAUGAACAACAUUGAAAUGCGCAAACGCGAUACCCCCUCCGCCGAAUCCUCCGCAGAGCGAACAGCUCGCCUGAUGGCUCGUCCGAGUUUCUCCCUCGACGAGGAACCUGCCGUCAUCCCUCAAACCCCCAUCAUGACUACCACGAGUUUCCAUAACCUGCCCGCCAGUGACAGACGCAAUUUCCUCUUGCUAUGCGUUCUAUACUUCUUGCAAGGCGUACCGAUGGGUCUCGCCACGGGCUCUGUGCCUUUCCUCUUGAAACCGUAUUUGUCUUAUGGCCAGAUCGGUAUCUUCUCUCUGGCUUCUUACCCGUAUUCUCUCAAGUUAUUCUGGAGUCCAAUUGUCGAUGCUGUUUGGAGCACCCGAUUUGGUCGUCGCAAGAGCUGGAUUACCCCGGUUCAGGUGAUUGCGGGUCUGGCUAUGAUCUACCUUGGUAGACACAUUGGAGAUAUGAUGGAGAAGGCUGGCGCAAACGGUGGCGCUGGUGUGUGGAACUUCACAUAUUGGUGGUUCAUGCUGGUUUUCUUCUGCGCCACGCAGGAUAUUGCCGUUGACGGCUGGGCCAUUACACUUAUGUCUCCUCCUAAUAUCUCCUAUGCCUCUACUGCUCAGACUGUUGGCUUGACGGCCGGUCACUUUUUGUCAUAUACCGUCUUCCUAGCAUUUAACUCGAAGGACUUUGCGAACAGAUGGUUCCGCGCCGUCCCUGCUGAAGGAGGUCUCUUGUCCCUGGGUACAUAUUUGACCUUCUGGGGCUGGACCUACCUCGCUGUUACAUUGUGUUUGGCAUUCCUCAAGAAGGAGGACCGUACUCAGGAGCGUGAUAGCAUCCUUGAUGUGUACAAGAGCAUGUGGAGUGUCUUGAAGCUCAAGAACAUCCAGACCAUCAUCAUUAUUCAUCUGAUUGCCAAGAUCGGGUUCCAGGCAAAUGACGGUGUCACUAGCUUGAAACUUUUGGAUAAGGGCUUUGGACAAGACAACAUGGCAUUGGUCGUUUUGAUCGAUUUCCCCUUUGAGAUUAUGCUGGGCUACUAUGCCGGUAAAUGGUCUACCGAGCAUGGACCCAUGCGACUAUGGGGCUGGGCUUUUAUCGGUCGCUUAGCUGCCGCCGUCCUUGCCCAGUUCACCGUGAUGAUCUACCCCAGCGGACCAGAAGUUCCAUUCUGGUACAUGCUGACCGUCAUCCUGGAGCAUAUUGUCUCAACAUUCAUGAACACCGUCAUGUUCGUCGCGAUCUCAGCAUUCCACGCUCGUAUCGCUGAUCCAGCUAUCGGAGGAACCUACAUGACACUACUUGCAACCGUUUCCAAUCUCGGCGGAACAUUCCCCCGCAUCUUCGUGCUCAAACUAGUAGACAUGUUCACGAAGGCAACCUGCCUGCCACCAAGCACACCACCACCCGCUGACAAGCUGAAAGAUGCCCUCAUUACAGCUGCAUUCUCAUGUGCCCUCGAGCCGGAGAAGAACCGCUGUAUCAACGGUGGUGGAACUUGUAUCGUUGACCGCGACGGCUACUACAUUACGAAUAUCAUUUGUGUGCUUAUUGGCACGGUCACCUUUGUGUGGUUUAUCAGACCCGCUGCUGCAAAGCUUCAGGCUUUGCCGUUGCGAGCUUGGCGAUUGGUCCCAGGUUCGCGCGAGUGA